AUGCGAGGAGACAAACAAGAAGGAUGCUUUUGCUGUUUAGAAGGAAAGAAUGACGGGAAGAAAAAGCAUUUGAUGUCGUCGUUACUGUUAUCAUCUGAGACCGGAUCGAAUAGAAUCGGAUCGGAUCGGAUCGGAUCGGAGGGUGACAAUUAUGGCGUGACAAAUGAUGUUGAUGAGAAUGGGACGGUACUGAGUGGUCAAAGGCGUGCAGAGGCACAAGUAGCAGCAACAUCAACAACGACAGAAACAACAAUAGCAGCAGCAAUAAUAUCAUUAUCAUCAUCACCGCCAGCAUCAACUUUUGGCACUGCGAUUCAUUCUCCAAUUGUGGCGAAUAUAUUAAAAUCAGUUGAAUUUGGAUCUUAUUCGUCAGGUGUUGCGAUACAUGAAUUGCUCGAACAGUAUCUUGGUGUUGCAUGUCAGCGGGAAAGGAUCAAUGUACAACUAACAUUCAACCGGAAAAGGCAUCCAGAAAUGACGAAGUCAAUUCGUGAAAUGAUUUGGCGUGGUAGGAUGUGUGUUGGAGAUAAUAAAUCUGGGUCGUGUUGUUCACAACUUAAUAUGAUACAAGAUUAUCACGUAGUAUUAGUUGGCUAUAGUAAAUGUGGUAUAGAGAAGACGUUCUUUGCAGGUGGCUUCAACUUUAUUGCUAAGGUUUAUUUCUGGGGUAUUGGUAAUGUGAACGAGCAGUUUGAAAUCCAAUGUGCGGUACCAUUCGUGGAAUCUCACGUUAAGGCAAAAAUGGUAACAUCUCGCAAACCGAUCCGGAUAUCAUCUAUAGAUUUUGUUAACACUCAUCAUUUUUCAUCACCUUUAAUGCAGGCAAAACCGGUGUCCGUACGAUUAGGCAGUAAUUUGCAUGUUGCUAUUGAACCGACCCUCGAAGGGAUGCAAGAAAGAUUACACACAUAUCCGUUACGUUGUUGGAUUACCGUUCCAACAGUUACUGAUACUACUAUCUCUGCUGUUUCUAGCAAACAAUUAGCGAAUUCUGUAGAAUUAGCGCAUAGAUAUUUUAUUAAAGAUGGAUGUCCAUCUGUUGAUGGCAGUUCAGUGUUAGCAUUUUUAGAACAAAAAACGGGUACUGAUCGAUAUGCGGAAUGGACUAAAAUAAAGAUUCCGAUUACUCAUAAUUUAAUUAACCCUUCGUUAUUGAAUGGGUCAGUAAUAUUUGACGAAUCAGUUGAAUACGGGCGCAUUUCGCUUCAUUGCGAUGUGAUUUUUUGUACGGGUCAGAAGUUAAAUGGUUUUCAAAAUACUCCUACGGCACGUUGCUUGUUGCUUCUUUCUUCCAUUUAA